UCUGAAGGCAGAGUGGGCAAUGUGUUGAGAAGUAUUCAUCAACCCUACCACAUUGCAAGACAGCAGGUAAGGUCAAAUAGCAUUGUGUUUUCUACAUUUCAAUAGAACAUACGUGUUGAGAUUCUAAUCAUACGAAUGAAAGAUUAUUGAGUUUUUAUUAUAAUGUAAUUCUUAUAUUUUAGGGUGCCCGGAAUCUGAACCCCAUACCCUACAAGGCAGAAUACAUGGGUCACAAGCUGCAUGUAGAUCAGAAUGAGAAGCUUGUUAUGUUUGGAGUGACUCAUGUUAUGGCUAUCGAUGGUUUCAGCAAGAAGGUGGUCGGUCACUCCACCAUGCCAAUAAAGAACAACAUCGUGAUUUAUGAGGAAGUGUACCGGCCUGCUGUUCUUUCCUAUGGACUAUGGGACCAGGUCAGAGUUGACUGUGGGAAAGAAUUCUAUCUGGCUUUAUUCAUCCAGGAAAAACUGGCAGAACAUCGACACAAUACUCAAAGGCAGCCCUACCUUCAGACACCUUCGACAAGGAACCAUGUGAUAGAGAGAAUGUGGUCGGAGGUGAAUGCUCGAGUCAACUACCCUUUGAAGACAGCUCUGGUACAGCUGGUGGACCAGGAGGAACUGGACAUGGAGGACAACACAUCCAGGUAUUGUGUGUCAAACCUGACAUGCCAGCUGUCUAGGAUUGGCAUCACAAAUGUCGUACAGGCAUGGAAUGGACACAGGAUCCCAGCUGGCAAUGCUGGAGUAGGCGGUCGGGGAGGAUUUGGGGGUGGCGAGGUCACAGGAGGUGUCGCAGCUUGGCUCACCAUGGGAAACUCUGAGGUGCUGAUGAACUCUGGGCUGACGUCAUGA